UUGAGCGAUCACGUGACAAGAAAGCACUUUGUUGGCGGACUUCACGUCGAUUCAAGCGGGGGAUUUGCGAAAACGGAGGCAAUUUUGCUCGUACUACUUACAAAAGAGGUUUGUUUGCACUUCGUUAUUGCUUGUAAUAGUGUAAAAACAAUGAAUUAACAGAGGGAAUGUGUAUACUAGUUCUUAUUCAACGAUAGUCGAGUAUUCAUAAUUUGAUAUAGGACUACUUGCUAUAAUUCAAGAGUUUUUUCUGGAUAUUAGUAUUUAUGAUAAAUCUAUUGUAAUAUUAAUCACCAUUAAAAAUAGAUAUUUUUAAUUUAUAAAACUUUUCUGACUGUCAAUGUUUUAAAAAUAAAAUGGCUACCGAACAAUUAAAAUACUCUUUAAAAUAUUUCAAAAAAAUGAUUGGAGAACUUGCUAGAGAAAAUAAGAAUCCAAAUAACAAGUCUGGAAUUCUACCAAAACUUUAUCAAGAAGUUAUUACAUUGAAAACGUCAGGUUCAAUGAGUGUACUUCCAUGCAGAAUUCUCAAGGAAGCAUGUGAAAUUUUGGCAUCACAAAUUCACAAUCAGCUUAAUGAAAAAAUGCCAUCUAUUACAUCUAAUGUGGCCUCUCUAACAAUUUUAAAUAUUCUGACAUCAUCAUCAAUUGAUAAGCAAGUGUACUUAGAAGAUGUCAUUGACAAGGUGAUAACAUAUUUGCACCAACAACUUUUUGUUUGUUGUAGAGAUUCUACAGAUAAUGAAGAAGAAAAUACAAAUAACAAUAAGAAAAUAGAAAGUAUGCAUUUAGCAAUUAACUUGCUGACAGAACUUGUUUUUGUGCAUUCUUUAGUGGAUGUUCAUGUAACCAAAAUAUCAUGUAUUGGAGUGUAUGCUUUUGGAAAUGGUUGUCACAGUCUGAAGAUUAGUAGUAUUAGAUUACUAUGUGGGGUUUUUUCAAAGUAUGAAAGCCAUCAAUUUACAAUACUGAAUGACAUUCAAGAAUAUUCUGUUAAAUGUGGCAGUCCUGACAAGUUGACUUCAUCUUUUCCAAUAAACAAUUCUUCUAAGAACAUUAGUGCAUUCUGUGUUCUUGUUAUGAGUUUGCUUCAGAAUACUACUGUUUUACCCAAAGAGUUGUGUGGAAGCAGCUUAAAAUCAUCUGAAGAAGUAGACUGUUUGAAUAUGAAAAAUCUUGAAUCUUUUAUAUUAAAAAAACACAAAAAUAUUAUGGUGUAUUCUCAUCAUGUUACAAAUGAAUUUCUGAAAGGUUACAUAAAACAAAAUGGUCAUCAUUCCAAAUAUUAUGAGGCAGCUUUUGCUGACUUUAUACAUGAUCUGUUAAGUGUUCUUGAAGAACCUGAUUGGCCUGCAUCUAUAAUUUUGUUAUCUGCUAUAGCCAAACAUUUGGCAAAUAUUCUUCACAGUGCAAGUGCAAGUCCUACUGUUCUUACUGUGUGUAUGCGUUGGUUAUGUGAGAUAAUGGUGAAAGUAAAUAAAACUGCUCAAUUAUCUGAAAAGAAUAAUGAGAAACUUGAUGAAAUUAUAUCUAAGACUCAGUAUAAGCUUAUGAAGUGUAAUAGCUAUCCAACUGAUUGUGCCAAGGAGAACUCAAGAUAUCAACAUUUGCAAAGCAUUUUCCUUAACUAUGUUGUUGGAAAGUCUCAGACCUAUCAUACUGUUGUUUCUUUAGAUAAUUUUUACAUUAUAAUUUGGUGCAGUCAGUUGAUAAGUCAAGAGUCAGUGAUUUCCAAAAACUUAAAUAAAAAAGGGAAAUAUAUCCUAACAGAAAACAAAGAAAAUGAACCAUCUGCAGGCCAUGCAAGGAAGUCUAAAAAUAAGAAUCAGAAGAAACAAAUGUUGCUCAUAGCAGAGACAAGUGCUUUGCUUGUGAAAUCUUUACUUCAAUUUGAUGAUAUGUCAAUAGUUCUGUGCCCACUAGAUGUAAAAAUGAUUAUAAGUUAUUUCAUAAAUAAGGCAGAAAUAAUUACCUAUUUUAAUGUAUAUUUGACACAUAUAAUAAAUAUGUUGACAUUUAAACAACCUGUGGUGCGUGCCAAAACUAUGCAAUGCCUAAAAUUGUUUAUGGAUGCUGAUAUGGCAUUUGCUGAAAAACCUCUAAUUCAAUAUGUAAUGCGUACAUUCUUAAAAGAUAAUUGCAUUACUGUGAGAGAAAUCUCAGUUGAUCUUAUUGGGAGAUGUAUGUUGCAUUUACCAGAAAAAUAUGAACAGUUUUAUCCUCUCUUAAUUCCUCAUCUCCUGGACAGAGGAAUUAAUGUUAGAAAGCAAGCUUUUAAAAUAUUAAAAGAUUUGACCACACGUCAUCCAAACUUUUCAAAACUUCCUGAAGUACAAUCAAAGCUUUUAGAACGAAUUGAAGAUCCUGCCAUGAAGCAUAUGGUUCUGGAGAUGUUCAGAGACAAAUGGUUUACUCCAUUAAAUAAGACUGAUAAAAUGAUUGACCAAAUAAAACAGCUGAAUGAAGUUAUGAAAAUUUCUGGAAUUUCAGGUGUACAUUGUCUGAAAGUACUUUUAGAAGAACUUCUUGGAACAAAAGGAACUGUCAAAAAUUGUAAACAGUUUGUUGAAUGUUUUGUUAAUUAUUUAUUAGACCAUGAAGCAAACAAUUCCACUGAGGAUUUGUGUGUAUGUCUUCAAGUACUAAAUAUAGUAGCGGAAACUGUGCCUGAUAUUCUAGUUGACUAUAUACCUGUUUUACAAUCAUAUCUUUCACUUCACCAGCAAGAAAAUGAAAAUAUCAUCAUUUCUGUUGUUGGUAUUCUGCAGCACACAGUGGUUUUGUAUCAAAAUCCCCCUGAAAUAUUUCUUACCAAGUUGGAAGAAGAUUUACUGAAACUUAUACUUGUGCAUAAGCAUUCAGUUGUGGAAAGAUGUGUACCUUGUCUAACUCUGUUAGUGAAGGAUAUUACUGAAAACCACAAACUUAUUUUUGAUUGCUUCAGUCUUUUCUUUGGAGCUCUAAAAAAAUUCGCAGAAGAUAAAUUCUCUUUCUCAGAUCAAAGUAUAUCACCAGAGAGUUAUAUACAAAGAUGUUUGUUAAUUACAGGUUUGUUCCUAAAACACUAUGACUUUUCAAGUUCUAAUGCUCAAGAGUUCUUUGAGGAAGAAAUAAUUGACAAUGUGUUCAACACGUUUAUUCAGAUUCUCAGAAAAUCAAAUUCUUCGAUACAAUGGUAUACACUUAUAGCUUUGGGAGAAAUGUGUUAUCAUCAUUCUGAUUAUUUAUUGAGAAACAACUUAAAAGUUAUUUAUAAAAACAUUCUCACUUCAAAAAAUGUAGAAGAACGUAUGAAAUGUCAGGUUCUCAAGAAUUUGGAAUACAUCCUGGAAAAAGAAUCGCAAAUGACUGAGAAGGAUAAAAAAUGGACAAGCCCAGAAAACGUUGUCUCUUCAACGAAACAAACAUUAAGACUACAAAAUGAGGAUGAAAACUCAAAUAUGACAAUUAUAAUUAUUCAACAAUAUUUGGAGCAAAUUACAAGUUGUUGUGUGUGUGAAGAUCAUAGUGUUCGUUGUGUGUCUGCAAGUAUUCUGAAGCUUGUUGUACAACAUGGUUUAGUUCCUCCGCAAAAGAUUAUGGCCCAUGUAAUUGCUCUGACAACAGAUAAUGAUUCUAUUAUUUGCAAUGAAGCAUGCAGCAUUUUAAAACAAGUUGACUGUACAUAUCCUGGUGUUUUUGACUUUACAAUGCAAGUGGGUAUUAAUUUAUCCUAUGGACUACAAUCUAUCCUUCAGCAAAGCCAAGUGAUCCGUGGGUAUAUAGGAACAGAUGGUCCAUCACAUGCAUUACUAACUCAUUUGUAUAAAAUAGUGCAACGAAAGAAAUUCAGAAGAAGACAUUUCAUUCGCAUAAUUUUGAAUCAGUUUACAGAGACAGAAGAAGAUAUAGAUAAAUUGCUGUAUUUGUCUGAUAAUUUGGCAUAUCUUCCAUAUGAAUUUGAGGAUGAAAUUUUGUUUAUCAUGCAAACAAUAAAUAUGAUUGGAGCAACUACAGGAUUUAAUUUUCUGGAAAACUUCAAGCAGCAAUUAAUACCCAAUGAAUCAAAAUGUAAAAUACGAAAAGAAGGCAGUCCAAGUGAUAGCAAUGAUAGUGACAAUGAAAACAUUGAAACAUUUGAAGAUUUGGUGAAUCAAUUACCAAAAAAUACUAAAAAUUUGCAGAAAUGUGUGCUUUCUUUCCAACAAUGUCGAUUUUUACUUAAAGUCAAACAUUACUUACAACAAACUUACGGGAUUUCAAAUAGGAUGGUCGUUCUUUACUCAUCUGAACAACAUAGAGCAUCAAUUGAACUCAACGUUAAAAACCACUGCAAUUUUAUGACUGACUCUGAUUUGAAACUAUUAAUUGAAAUGAAAUCAAUGAAGGAUAUAAGUAAUGAAGAAUUGAUAAAACAAUAUUUGGAGUUUAAAAAUCUACUUUUGUCAGAGAAUGAGGUUUGCAGUAAGAACCAGAAACUCAGUUACCGAAACUUCAAACAGGAAAAAUCGUGGGAACUAAAUAAAACAAAAGGCUCUGGAAGAAAAUGCAAUCGACGAAGAAUAAAGAAUAGCCUAAAAGAUGUUGACUCUGAUGCGUCCGAUUCAGAAUAAGGUUAAAGCUUGUAAUUUACGAGAUAAGGAAAAUGUCAAUUUUAAAAAAAAAAUCGAUAUGAUCUAAUGAAAACAUUGUAAUUUCCAUCCGAAGAUUUGAACUAAUUAGGGAAAACAACGUAAGGAACCUAAGUAAAAAGUUGCAAAUUUGUGACGUAUGUAAAAUGGAAUGUUUGACUAUUUAAUGGACAAAUAUCAAUACAUGGAUAUGUAAAUAACAAUGAAAUCAUAUCAAAUUAAUGUUAAUCAUUUUAUUAAAUUAUAUUUCUAAAAGUUAAGUUUCAUAAAUUGCUACUCUUGCGCUAGUGCCCUGCUUAUUUGAUGACAAAACAACAUCGUUAGGAGGAAUUAUCAGCGAUCAUCUGUACCUGGUGUUCCUGCCUGAUAUACUGGCAGAGUAUAUGAUUUGUGCGUGGAUUUUCCAAAACCUAAUAGCCAGUGGAUAUGAUGGUUUAAAGGAGGCUGUUUGGCGAGAACUUUCGGAGAACUGAAUAAUAAUUUAGACAUUUUCUAAUUUAUUUUCCGUGUGAAUUUUGAGAACAGUGCAAGCUGACAACCAGGUUUGUGCCUUGCGUUAUUGAAGAUAUGGCAAAUGUGAUAAAAUAUGUUGAUCUUGCCGCUUUGGCAACGAACUAUGCCAAAAGAAUGAAUCGUUUGAGUUGUAGAAUAUUUGGAGAAGUAUCCCGCCCUACGAACAGCAAAUCAAUGAAAGUUGUGAAAAUGUUAAGCGAAAAACCUGUACAGUUACGUCCAGAAGUGGUCGAUUACUACCCACGACAUGUGGAGACCUACUUGUUAAUGAAGCAUUUGCGGAAUUACGGCCUUUAUCGCGAUGAGCAUCAAGAUUUCAAAGAAGAAAUGAAAAGACAGCGUGCGUUGCGUGGAAAAGUGAAACCCAAAAAAGGAGAAGGCAAAAGAGCAUUAAGAAAAUAAUUUGUUUAUUUAUAUUGUAAAUGAGUGUGUUAAGUAAAAGUUUAAUAUGUACAAGUACCAAGUUAUAAUUUUAAGCCAAUUGUAUUUACAGGAAAUGUAUUUGUGGUUGGUUUUGAAAAAUCAUGACUUUUGUGUAGUUGUUUCAGACAUUUAUUGUAUUAGACAUUUAAAUUAAUAAAACUGUUUCUUUCAUUAAAAUAAGGAAUUGAUAUUUCCAAGUGUCUAAUUUUUAUUAUUUUUUAUGUCAAUAAGUUCAAACUCUAAUUGAUUUACAAGGCAUGUCAGUCAUUAAUAUUAGUUCUUUAUUUUCUGGUAGUUCUUGUCUUAUGAUUAUUUUGGCAUAAUAUGAAAUAUUUACACACAGUAUCUGCAAGUUAAUUUUGAGUCUGCAUCUUUAUUUUAUUACAAUUUGGUACUUGCGAGGCAAUUGUAAUGUAAAUAAUUAAAUGCUGAGCAUAGAGUUCAAUUAAGUGUUUAUUGUGAACCCUUAUGGAAAUUUUAAACAAAUAUUAAUUGUUAAAUUAAGUGUAUUUUUUAAGAAACUGCAGUGCAGCAGUAAAUUUGGCUUUUAAUUCAAGGGAAAUAUUCAUCUACAUUAAAAUUUUUGUUUCUUUGAUAUGGAACUGCCAGCUAGUUUGUUGAAGUCUCAAAAGACCAAACACAGAGCAGGUGAGGGUUUUUGCUUAAUUUUUCUGUGAGUGCAUUAGGAAACAUUGCCUUCUUCACAUCUCCCAUCAUGCCCUCUCGACUCAAUCACUAUAAUAAAAAUAAUAUUUAUUAAGUCACAUAUACAAUUACAAUUGUGUCAAAUAUGAUAUACAUACGUCUUGGGAGCAGUGAAUGAAGUUACAUUUAUUUUUAUUGUCCAGAAGCAAAACAAGGGGCCAUCUCAGCAUUUGCUGAGGACCAGGGAAACUGGACAAAAAAACUGAUCAAAACUGGGUCAUUGGCCUAGUGAUGAUACAAUACUUGUUACAGA